CAGCGAUCAGUUCUGGUGCGAACUUCGAACGCUUCGGUAUUAACGGUUUUUAUCGUUCAGGAUUAGGAAGUUUGUUGGAAAUCGAUCGCGCGUAGGGUAACGAAAUAACCUGUCAACACAACCAUGUUUACGAUCGCACUAAUCGGCAUAGUUUCGCUAGCAGUUUACAUGUACUGCAAGAUACGGUUCAAGUUCGCCGAAAAGAUUCCUACGGUGGAACCGUUCCGACCAUUUUUCGGCAACGGACUCGAGUUUGCGCAAAAGAAUUCGUUCGAAAUAUUCGCUAGUUUGACGCGGGCCUUUAAGGAUAACAAGCGUGUUUUCAAACUGUGCUUCGGACCCAUCGCCGUUGUCUGUCCGACCGAUCCAGAUCUGAUCGGGAAGGUGCUGACGAGUUCGGCCAGCAUGGAGAAACCGUACGUGUACUACUUUUUGCGGGUGAUGCGAGGAUUGCUGACAGCAGAAUACGACAUCUGGAAAGUACACCGCAAGGUACUGAAUCCGACCUUCAACACUCGAAUUCUGAACAGUUUCAUCCCGAUUUUCACCGACUGCGUGGGUAAGAUGAUCGAACGGAUGUACGAGCACGACGAUCCGACCAAAGCAGUGAACAUUCUCGAGUACACCUCCCCCUGCACGCUAGGUAUGAUAUGCCGGACUUCCCUCGGUGGCAAAGUGCUGGAACGAGAAGGAACAAAGGAGUUCAUUGAAGGCUUGGAAGUCAUCCUGCACAAUGUGGGUCUUCGGAUGUUCAACGCCAACUUGCAUCCGGAAAUUGUCUACCGGUUCACCCGUUUCUACCGCAACGAAAUGAAAGCUCGAAAGUUUUGCUACGCGUUUACUGAUAAGAUUAUUAUUGAAAAACAAGCGGAAUUCGAUAAGCUGAAACAGAAAAAUGACUCCAACAACAAUUCGAACGGACUGUCUAAUGGUCAAAUAGAUCAAAUGAAUAACAAUAACAAUAACGAAAAUCCUGAAGAGGAUGAUGAACUGUCCUACAAGAAACCGCAAAUCUUCAUAGAUCAGCUGAUGACGAUUCCGCUGCCCGAUGGAAAGCCGUUUUCCCAUUCUGAAAUCACCGAUCAUAUUUACACGAUGAUAGCGGCGGGUAACGAAACAUCUGCAACACAAGCGGCUCACACUGCCCUGCUGAUCGCCAUGCACCCCGAAGUACAGGAAAGGGCCGUCGCAGAACUGAAGGAGGUCAUGCCAACAGCGGAUACAUGCUACAGUCACGAAGUACUGAAACAGUUGGUCUACAUGGAGCGGAUCAUCAAGGAAUCGCAGCGUCUCUGUCCGGUGGCGGCGGUGUUUGGCCGAAGAACCCUAGCCGAUUUGCAGCUGGACGAGUUUGUAAUUCCAAAGGGAAACAUCUUCAUCUUGAAUGUUUUCGCACUGCACCGACGGAAAGAGUUCUGGGGUGAAGAUGCCGAUAAGUUCGAUCCCGACCGGUUUUUGCCGGAAAACUCCAAGAACCGACACCCGUACGCCUAUCUUCCAUUCAGUGGUGGUGCCAGAAGUUGUAUAGGAAAUCGCUAUGCCAUGAUGAGUCUUAAAACGAUUAUAUCGGAAAUGUUACGGAACUUCAAGCUGUCAACUGACAUCAAGUUCGAAGACAUGAAAUUCAAGUUCAAAGUCUCAAUGCACUUGGCUUCGGACCACCGAAUUUUCUUGGAGCCCCGAAACCUGUACUCUUAACCGUUAUUUAUUAAAUAUUUUUAUGCUCUAAGCUUACGAACCUCAAACAAACAGUUAGUUACCAAUUACCAGGUUACCAGUUACCAUCCGAAAAUCGGACCCACACUAUUUGUAAUCAUUUUGUAAUGGAUAUUAACGAAACGGUAAUAAAACACACAAAGGAAUGGUUUUAAUUUACAA